UAAAGCAUGCGCUUUGAUCUCAAAUCUACUGAUGUAUGAAGUAGGAGUUUAAGCUGGAACGCGGAUUGAUGCUUGUGUUUGCGUGGCAGGACAAACUAUAACGGAUGCGAUGAAAAGACUGCAAAUAUCUUGGAUCUACGCAACCGGUCGCGCCUCUUGAAUGGUUUUAUCCGUCUCAUCCCGUGAGAGACAGCAGCUAUUGGCUCCAUUUUGCUUGGUGAAGGGAGUGAAAUUGCCAGGACAAGAAGUUGAAGUGUUGAAGGGCGUAAGGAAUUCCAUCGGAGAAGCAGAUUCCAAUCUAAGCAUACUCCAGCUCGGACAAAGCCGAAAUGGUGCGUCGAUAAGCGUUUGUUUUGCUGGAUUGAAGUAGUCUGCUGAAAAUUCGCUUCGAUGUUCGCAUUUUGACAGCCGAUCGGGUACGGAUGCGAGCCCGAGUUGGUGUGGAUUGCACCGAAGCAGAAUGGAGAGAUUCCUGUUAAAAGGUCAGGGCACUCGUUCACACUGAAAAGCUCGGACACAGAGACUGCAGUCUAUAUGUUCGGUGGAUGCGAUCAUAAAUCGCCCCCAGGACCCACCAACGAACUCUACCGACUGGACGUCACCAAUGGCUACACCUGGUCCAAGAUAACUAGCACGCAGAGUGAUGACGAUGUACCAGCACCUCGAUGGCGACAUUCCGCCAUUUUGUUUGAGAAGAAUAUCAUCAUCUUUGGAGGUUUCGCGGCUGAAAAGAGAAUGAACGACCUGUGGAUCUUCAAUACUGAAUUGAAGGUGUGGGAGCAGAAGUAUGCACAGAGUUUCUGGGAGGGGUUGCCACAAUGUCGUGGAGCUCAUAGUGCCACCCUUGUCGGUGAGAAGAUGUACGUGUUUGGAGGCUACGGUGGCAAUGGCUUUGGUCGUACCGACUUCAAUGACCUGCAUGCAUUAGACUUGCAUUCAUUCAAGUGGCAAGAAAUUCAAACGGAUGGUGAAAAACCAGAACCUCGCUCAGGGCACCAAAAGUGCUUGGUUAAAGAGCAAUUACUGGUCAUUGGCGGAUGGAACAGCUUCAAGCAGUUCCAGGACAUCUUUGUCUUCGACUUACCUACAAAAACAUGGAGUUUUCUGAGCACACCACUGUAUUCUCCUAUCUGGAAUCACACAUGCGUCAGUGUUGCAGCUGUACCGCACUGGAAAGUGUUCUUGUUUGGUGGCAACAGUGGAGAUUUGGCCGAGUCUGGAACGGCACAAGGGGCUUACUUGAAUAUCACUGCCGUGUUGGACACUGGCAGUAUGGUGUGGCUGAAUCCACCGGUGAAAGGUGAACUCCCAAAGGCACGUGCUGAUACUGCUAUGGUUUUCGAUGCACACACCAACCACUUGAUCUUCUUUGGAGGGUGGGCGAAUCGCUGGUAUAACGACUUACACGUCCUCAACGCAAGCGAGAUUGUUGGACCUCCGUACUCAAUUUCGUCGAUCGAACCGAAGCAAGGGCCGAUCACGGGAAACGCCAAGGUGAAAGUUACUGGAUUCAAUUUCACAGGCCAAAAUGCGACGCUGCGGUUUGCAGUCGCAAAAGGUUCUGUGGACGUGACGGGAGCUGUCCUCAGUCCUACUGUUCUUCAAGCUACAGCUCCCAGCUUCGAGAAGUUUGGGCCAUUGACUUCAGAGGUGCGAGUGUCAUUGUCUGGCGGCAUGUACACAAACGUAGCGACGUCCUUCCGGUUCCACUCGGUCACUGCAGCUCCAAAGUCGUUAGCGUUUGGUCCGUGUCUGAUCGCUGCACUCAGCGAUAACUGCUUGGCUGAGUUGCCAACGACGUUCAUUAUCCAGUCUCGAGACAAAGAUGAUAAUCCUCGCGACUGUGGAGGAGAUGAAUUCAGUAUUAGUCUGAAGUAUUGUGAUGACCCGCAAGCCGAAGUGGAGCAGGUUACGUCUAUCCUCGACAAGAACGACGGCACGUACGUGGUGACAUUUACUCCAUCUCGAGCAGGGAAAUACGAGAUCUCGGUGGACUUCACGGGUACCUUCAGUGGUAUCGCUGGCCCCAUUCGAGGCUCGCCAUUUACGGCGAUGUUCCAGCCCCCGUCGGAUGAUAACAAGGCCAAGUGCUUACCACCGCUUGCCACUCAAAAGGAUUUCGACUCGCCCGAGGUUAUUAGGCGUGUGAUGGCAACGAUGAACAAGCGGAACGGAGAAUUCCGCCGAAUUCUGGUUGAUCUUCGGAAGGAUAUUCCAAGUAAUGAUACGGAUGGACUGGAAACUCUGCGGAAGAUGAAAGAAAUCAUUCGUAAACUUGAGAUAGACAAGGACACAAACCACUUGGUUUUGGACCAAGUGCGACAACUUUUCUUUAACAUCAAGAAGAGCGGAGGGCAUGUCGAUAAAGAACUGGUAGAAAUCGAGAGUAUGGAGAAGCUCUUUGUUGAUGUCGAGAAACAAAUUCCAGUAACUGAAAAACGCACCCAGGAACCUACUCGGAUAUUCAGCGAGAAGACUGAGGAGAAGAUCAUCGCCUACGAGAAGAUGAUCGCGCAAAAGAUGGAGACUCUCAAGACACUGGACUUCUGGUCCUCUAAGCUAGAGCCUGAUAAGGGUCUGGAGAAGAUCGAAAGCUACCUGGUGGACUGGAACAUGGAGAUGAAGAAGUGCGAGGAAAAUACCAAGCUGUGCUCUAUCUUUGGAUUCCCGCAGCUUAUGAAUGAAUCGCUUCGCAUGAUGGGUCUUAUGCGUGCAGAUGCAGAUGCAAUGAAAACCGUGUGGGCAAUCAUUAAGCGUGCGAAAGGCUUCUUUAAGGCGACACAAGACAUUUUAUUCAAAGAAGUUGAUGUGAACGUGCUGCAGAUCGAGGUACAAUCUGCUCUAAAAGAGCUUAAGAAGAUUCCUAAAGGCAUUCAGUGGAGCGAUGCGUACACUUCGAUCUUGAAGGAAUGUCAGGCGUUUGAUAAGACCCACCCGCUUAUCCGUUGUGUGUCGUCAAGUUACAUGCGCCCGAGACACUGGAAGCGUAUCAUGGCUCACACAGGAGAGUUUCCUACUCCGGAUGAAGAUCCUGAGCAACGACUCUCUUUGAUCCUGAGUAAAAAUCUUUUUAACUUUAGCUCGGACAUCAACGAGAUUUGCUACGAAGCCGAGAAGGAGCAAGAACUCGAACUCCGUUUGAUCGAGCUAGAGGCUCUCUGGGCAGAGGUGAACUGGGAAAUGACGCCAUACAAUCCAGGUGCUGGAGAGGAAGACAUUGUGCCGCUGCUCAAGGUGUCCGAGGAGAACUUCGAGCUCCUUGAAACCCACCAAAUUGAUGUGCAAGGUAUGAGUGCGUCGCCAUAUCAGUCCGAGUUUGAGCCUCGCGUUGCCAAGCUUCAAAUCGGUCUUUCCUCCAUCAACGAAGUCGUGCUGUUGCUGGGCGAUAUCCAGAGAUCUUGGAGUUACUUGGAGCCGCUGUUUAUCCAGUCUGAAGAAGUGAAGAAGCAGUUGCCCGAGCUAACGUCCGACUUCGAAGAUAUCGAUAGAGAAGUCCGCCAAAUCUUGAAGACUGCUUGGAAAACGCUUAACGUGCAGGAGGCAUGUACGGAACCAGGUCUCAUCAAGCGACUAGAGGUAAUCGUGGAAAAGCUGGAGUUAUGCAAGCAUCGUCUCAAAGAGUUCCUCGACGGGCGUCGUCGCCAAUUUCCCCGUUUCUACUUUAUGUCUGAAGCAGACUUGCUUGAUAUCUUGUCGAAUGGGUCUCAUCCGGACCGUAUCAUGCCUCACUGCUCAAAAAUCUACCUGGCAACGAAGACGCUAACCCUCGUGGACCGUGGACCCGGCGAACGGCCAGUCGCUACGUCUUUCGUUGCUGGUGUAGGUCACGAAAUCGUCGACUUCUUUGAGCCCCCAGUGCUCGAAGGAGAGGCUGAGAUUUACCUGGAAACCAUCAUGCGUGCGAUGAGGUUGACUCUAUUCAAGCACAUUGAGCGUUCACUUGUAGCCUAUACGGAAAUGCCUCGUGUCGAGUGGAUCAACUUUAAAGAUGAUACCAACAAACCCAUGGAUGCAGCCCAGAUCAUUCUGCUCGCAGCAGGAGUGCACUAUGUUCAAGAAGUUGAACGUGCUUUCCGUGGUAUUCAGGGCGGUGACAAGGAUGCCUUGAGAAACUACAACAAGAUGCAGGAGAAACAACUAGAAGACCUGAUCAAGCUCACGCAAAGUAACAUCUCGUAUGCUGAGCGACAGCGAGUGAUGGUGCUCAUUACGAUGGAUGCUCAUGGCCGAGACAUUGUGGCAAACAUGAUUCGUGCUGGAGUGGAGGAGGCGACGCACUUCCAGUGGCAAUCUCAGCUAAAGCACUACUUCUCACCAGCAGCGGGUAGUUUCCUGAAACGUGACAUGACCUUCCGUGGAGCGAACAAUGCACGAGCUCAGAUUCUUAUCUGUGACGCUGGUAUUCCGUACGACUACGAGUAUCUUGGAAAUGGCCCUCGACUUGUGAUUACCCCACUGACAGAUCGAAUCUACGUGACAGCAACACAAGCGCUAAACUUACAGAUGGGAUGUGCUCCUGCUGGUCCCGCUGGAACUGGCAAAACGGAGACGACCAAGGAUUUGGCCAAUGCUUUGGGAAAAGUGUGCUACGUGUUUAACUGUUCGCCCGAAAUGGAUUUCAAGAGUCUUGGAAACAUCUUCAAAGGUCUCGCGUCGUCCGGUUCGUGGGGUUGCUUCGACGAGUUCAAUCGUCUAGUACCAGAGGUAUUGUCGGUGUGUUCUGUCCAAUUCAAGGCUGUGUGUGAUGCAUGCAAAGCUGACGACGAGAAGUUUAUCCUGGAGAACGACGAGGUGAUGCUAGACCCUACAGUUGGUGCAUUCAUUACUAUGAACCCCGGUUAUCUAGGACGUUCCGAGCUGCCUGAAGGUCUGAAGGCGUUGUUCCGACCCAUGACUGUCAUGGUGCCUGAUCUGGUGUUGAUUUGUGAGAACAUGCUAAUGGCUGAAGGAUUCACCCAGGCCAAGAUCCUGGCAUCCAAGUUCUACGGCUUGUACUCUUUGCUUGGACAGCUCUUGUCCAAACAAUUACACUACGAUUGGGGUCUUCGAGCUGUCAAGAGUGUCUUGUGUGUCGCUGGAGCAUUCAAGCGUGCCGAGCCGGACAUUCCGGAGACCGACUUGCUCAUGCGUGCGUUGCGAGACUUUAACAUCCCGAAAAUCGUCGCAGAGGAUAUGGUGGUGUUCUUUGGUCUGCUCGGAGAUUUAUUCCCGCGUGACAGUCCGAAUGUGGACGUACGCAAUGACCCUCCACGUAAGCGUGAUAUGGAGCUUGAAUCAAUGGUACAGGGUGCAUCAGAAGCCAUUGGUAACACGCCUCGCCCAGAAUUUAUGCUGAAAGUUGUGCAAUUAUCGGAGCUGCUCGCAAUUCGUCACUGCGUCUUCGUAAUGGGACCCCCUGCUUCUGGCAAAACGGAGACGUGGAAGACUUUGAAGAAGGCUCGGGAGAUCAUGGGCACACCAAUGGAAGUGCAAGAUUUGAACCCAAAAUCGGUGAGUACCAACGAACUCUACGGAUAUAUCGUGCUGAAGACUCGUGAGUGGAAAGAUGGUCUGCUCUCGCGCAUUAUGCGUGAUCUGGGCUCUCGACGUCGGGACAAUGGGGAUGAAGAUAACAACCCCAAGUGGAUUAUUCUAGACGGAGAUCUUGAUGCCAAUUGGAUCGAGUCGAUGAACUCGGUCAUGGACGAUAACAGAAUGCUGACGCUGGCCUCGAACGAGCGUAUCCCACUGAAAGUUCACAUGCGAAUGAUCUUCGAGAUCCGUGAUCUUGUGUACGCCACACCGGCGACCGUGUCACGUGCUGGUAUUCUGUAUAUUUCAACGUCAGAGGGCUACCAGUGGCGCUGUUUGAUUGACAGCUGGCUCGAUCGCCACUGCCAGCAACCGGUUGAUCACCGAUUGAAAAAUAUGAUGUUCACACCCGACACACGCGCUAAAUUCCAAGGACUUUUCGAUCAAUAUGUUGAGACAACGCUCAGAUUCUUCCGCAAGAAGCUUGUUCCUGUUGUGCCAGUGGAGGAGACGACGCUGGUGACUAACUUGUUGAACAUGAUCGACUGUCUGUUGACUCCUCAAGUCCUGGAAGACUACACAGUGAUGCAGAACACGUUUGUAUUCUGCUGCGUGUGGUCAUUUGGCUCCAUCCUAACGAUGAGUGACGAUGGGACAGAUUACUCAGCAGAAUUCAGCAACUGGUGGAAGAAUCAGUGGAAGGAUGUGAAGCUCGUGGCUUCGGCUAGCAAUACGGUGUUUGAUUUCUGGCUGGAUCCAGAGACGUCCAAGUUUAAUUCGUGGUCCAAGAGUCCAUACUUCUACACGGAGACGUACGUAUCUCCAAGUCCAAUUAACCAGAUCACGGUUCCUACCACCGAAACGGCAUCGAUUGCAUUCUGGCUCGAGAAUUUGAUUUCCAAGAGUGUUCCGGUCAUGGUGUGUGGACCUGCAGGUACGGGUAAGACGCAGAAUAUUAUGGGUAUGCUGAAGAAGCUCAGCAAGGACGAAGCUACUGCUGCGUUCCGCUAUUGCACUAUCAAUUUCAACUUCUACACCACAAGUGCUAUUCUACAGCAGACUAUGUUCGGACAACUGGAGCGUAAAACUGGUAUUAACUUGGGUCCACCGGGCAAAGCAAGACUUAUCUACUUCAUGGACGAUCUGAAUCUACCCGAAGUGGAUCCGUACAACACGCAGAGUGCUAUCUCGCUGUUGCGACAGGUGAUGGAGUACAAGCAUUGGUUCGAUCGUGUUAAACUCCAGCCGCAGAACAUCUUGAACACGCAAGUAGUAUCUGGUAUGAACCCGACUGCAGGUUCGUUCCUGGUUGAUCCGCGGCUUCAGCGCCACUUCUGUACGUUUGCUAUGGGUAUGCCUGAAGCGCCAAGUCUGGUCACAAUUUACGAGACGUUCCUGGGUGGACAUCUAUCUGGAUUCGCGGAUGAAUUGAGCAAUUCACAGUUCUCCAACGCGCUUAUCAAGGCUGCGUUGAGUCUACACGCCAGUGUUGUGGGCACAUUCCGAAAGACCGCUGCAAAUUUCCACUACGAGUUCAACGUUCGUCACUUGUCCAACGUGUUCCAGGGGCUUAUUGCAUCUAAGAAAGAUCGCUUCAAUAGUCAGGAGAAGUUUGUGCUGUUGUGGCUGCAUGAGAGUGAACGCGUGUACGGCGACCGACUGGUGUGUAAAGCUGAUAUCGAGAAGUACAACCAACUUGUACAGAUGCAAGUGAAAAAGUCGUUCGCGUCGUGUAAUACGAGUCGAUACUAUGCGGCUGAGAACUCGUGGCCUCUCAUUUUCUGCCACUUCGCGAAAGAUGGCGAUAGCGAAUACGAUCAAAUCAUGGGAACGAACCUGGAUGAUCUCAAGAUGAACCUACAAGUCCAGUUACGGGAUUACAACAACAACGAGAAUAAUACUGCGAUGCAGUUAGAUCUCUUCGAUGAUGCGGUAAAGCACGUGGCUCGUAUUGUUCGCAUCUUGCGCAAUGAGAGUGGACAUGCUCUGCUAGUAGGCGUGGGAGGUAGUGGUAAGCGUUCACUAGCACGCUUGGCUUCGCACAUCUGUGGCUAUACUGUUCGUCAGAUUACGAUCAGCUCCAAGUACGGCGAGAACGAAUUUAAGGAAGAUCUACGCAAGAUGCACAUGGCAGUGGUGGAGAUGCUGUCCCGUAACGAAGAGGACGGAGGCGUUGUGUUCAUGCUUACAGAUUCCCAGAUUACCAACGAAAAGUUCCUCAUCUACUUGAACGAUCUGCUAGCCUCAGGCGAGAUUCCAGAUCUGUUCGCCAUGGAAGAUAUGGACAAUAUCGUCAACUUAUUGUCACCUGUAGCCGGAACAAAAGACCGAAAGGAAGUGAUUAAGUUCUUCCAAGCCGAGAUUCGCAAGCGUCUGCACUUGUGUCUAUGCUUCUCGCCUGUGGGCGAUGACUUUCGUAACCGAGCGCGUAAGUUCCCUGCACUUGUAAACUGCACGGUUAUCGAUUGGUUCCAGCCAUGGCCCAAGGAAGCUCUGCUGUCUGUCGGUCGUGAAAAGUUAAAGGAGAUUGGGGAUUUGCUUGGGUCGGAAGAAUCUCGCGCUGGCAUCGAGAAGUUUAUGCCGUUCUCGUUUCAGUCGGUGAAUAUCUGUGCUGAGCGGUUCUUCCAAGUCGAACGCCGUCAUGUUUACACGACACCGAAGUCCUAUCUGGAGUUGCUUCAGCUGUACAAGAAGAUUCUGCGCAAGAAAGUAGAGGAAUAUGCUGCAGCUAUCGAUCGCUUAGAGAAAGGUUUGCAGAAAUUAAAGGAAACGGGAGAUACUGUGUCACGGCUUGAGGUGGAGCUUAAGGUCAUUCUUGAGGCUGCUGAAGACAAGAAAGCGGUGGCGUCUGGUAUCGCCGAGGCCGUUAACAAAGAGAAAGCCAAUGUGGAAACGGAGAGCAAGAAGGCUGGUGAUGAAGCUGCCAAGUGUGCCAUUAUCCAAGCUGAAGUCACGGAGAAGCAGAGAUCGACACAGGAGGAUCUUGCAAAGGCUGAACCUGCGGUCGAACAAGCCAUGGCUGCACUGGACUCAUUGAACAAGAAAGAUCUGGGCGAGUGUAAGACCAUGUCGAAACCACCUGCUGGUGUAGACGACGUCUUCUCAGCCACGAUGGUGCUGCUAGCUGGUGUGCACCCGAAUGUGCAGGUCACCAAGACUGGUAAAGUGAAGGAUGUCAAGUGGGAUACCGUCAAGAAGCAGCUUCUUGGUAACAUUCCCGAGUACAUCGACUACCUGGUUGGCUUCAAACAAGUCGUGGACGAUGGCAAAGUGCCUCCCAAUAACUGGAAAGAAGUGCGCGUUUACUUGGAGAUGGAACACUUUAACUACGACACAAUCCUGACGAAGAACAAGGCCGCAGCCGGUUUGUGUUCCUGGGUGAUCAACAUCGUCAUGUACUACGAUAUCGUGGUUACUGUAGAGCCUAAACGUCAGGCCUUGGCUGCUGCAAAUCUCGAGUUGGAGGCUGCAAAUGCUCGUCUUGCCGAAGUGACUGCGCUCGUGGCUGAUCUACAGGCAAAGCUCGACAAAUUACUCGCUGAAGCCGCAGCAGCCGAGAAGGAGAAGGAAGACGCCAUCAAUGCUGUAGAAACCGGCAACCGCAAGAUGAAGCUCGCAGGAACUUUGACCAAUGACUUAUCAAGCGAGAACGUUCGAUGGGGUAUCAACGUGUUGCAGCUUCAGAAGGAGAAGGACUUGCUGGUUGGCGACGUGUUGCUUGCCUCGGCCUUUAUCUCUUAUAUUGGUCCAUUCACCAAGCCAUUCCGUGACGAGCUGAUCAACAAGCACUGGGUACCGUAUCUGCGUACUGCUGCCAAUGGUGAAAGUAUCGCCAUGUCCGAAGAAGCGAACCCGCUACUUAUUCUAACGAAUGAUGCUCAGAUUGCCCAGUGGAACACGCAAAAACUGCCAUCCGACCGCGUGUCAACCGAGAAUGGUGCCAUUGUAGUGACCACGGUAUCUAUGGGACGACGACCGCUUAUCGUCGACCCGCAACUGCAAGCUAUCGCGUGGAUUCGUGAGAUGGAAGCACAUAACAACCUCAUCAUUGUGCGAGUGGGUCAGAAAAUGUGGAUCGAACGUCUCAAGACGGCUAUUGGCACAGAUGGUGCGUUCCUAAUCGAGAAUCUGGGCGAGAAGAUCGACCCCAUUCUGGCUCCAGUGAUCCAGCGUUCAACCUCCCGACGUGGUGCGCGGUACGAGAUCCAAAUUGGUGACGCAUCUGUGCCGUACAACGACAAUUUCCACUUGUAUCUGCACACGAAGCUGGGUAACCCACAUUAUCCGCCUGAGAUCCAAGCUGAAUGUACCAUCGUGAACUUCACUGUCACCAUGCUUGGCUUGGAGGAUCAGUUAUUGAACCUUGUGGUGUCUAAAGAACGUCAAGAUCUCGCUAUUAAGCGCGAGAAGUUGAUUCAGGAGCAGAAUAAUGGUAAAAUCGAGUUGAAAAAGCUAGAGGAUGAUAUCCUGUUCUACCUGGCUAGUGCUGACGACGAUAUCACGAACAACCAGCCACUUAUUCAGAUUCUGAGUGACACGAAGCACAAGGCCCAGCGUACGCAGAACAACAUGGAGGCAGCGAAGAAGACGCAAGAGUCGGUGAAUAUUACGAGUGAAAAAUACCGCAGUAUCGCCGCGCGAGGCUCUCUUCUAUUCUUCCUCAUGAACGACAUCAGUAAGGUGCACUCGUAUUACAUCUAUUCGCUCGCGUCGUUCCAGCAGGUCUUCUUGUCUGGCAUCUAUCGUGCUCCUCCAGCAAAAAAUCUCAUCGCCAAGGAAGCCGAUGGAGAUGCAGAAGGUGAAGCUGCCGCUGCAGCUGAACCUCCAGCAGAAGGUGGUGAAGGUGGAGAAGCUGGCGAUGAAGAAGCAGAGGAGACUGAACCUGCUGUCCCAGAUCUUACAGAUGAGGAGAUGAAGGAACGUUGCCAGGUGCUUAUGGAUAGCAUCACCUCGUGCGUUUACAACUACGUUCGUCGUGGCCUCUUUGAACGGAACAAACUGACUGUCGCUACGAUGCUGUGUCUGAAAAUCUUGCUGAAAGAUGGUUUGUUGAACGAUAUUGAAGUCGAGUAUUUCCUUAUUAGCAAGGCUCAUCCGGAUGCAGGUAACGCUGGCUCGGCUUCAGAGUGGCUACCCGCUGCUAUCUGGGCUAAAUUGAAAGCUCUCGAGAGUCUAAAGGCGUUCGGUGGACUGGGAGACGCCAUUCAGAAUGACCCGGACGAGUGGAGAAAGUGGUUUGCUACCGAAGACGCGGAGCGACAGAAAGUUCCUGGUGACUUUAUCAAGCUGACUGCGUUCCAACGACUGAUUCUGCUACGUGCCAUGCGACCUGAUCGAGUGACGAACGCAUUGCGAACCUUCAUCCUGGAGUCGUUGGGUGAAGAGUACGUGACCCAGCCACCGUUCAACAUGGAGGCAACAUACGCAGAAACGAACUCGAGUAUUCCCAUCUUCUUCGUGCUGUUCCCUGGCGUAGAUCCGACGCCAUGGGUCGAAACACUUGGAAGAGCUAACGGGGUGAGUCUGGAGAACAACAACUUCAUCAACAUCUCCAUGGGACAAGGACAGGAAGCGUACGCCGGUGAAGCUUUGAAGCGAUUAAGUACUGAAGGUGGCUGGAUCAUCCUGCAGAAUGUCCACUUGAUGCAGUCCUGGUUACCGACACUUGAACGGCAACUGGAAGAGGUGGCAACUGAAGGCGCACACGAUCUGUUCCGAUGCUUUAUCUCCGCUGAACCACCUCCUUUGCCGGACAUGUUGAAUAUUCCUGAGUCACUGCUUCAGAGUUGCAUCAAGGUGGCUAACGAGGCACCGUCUGAUAUCCAAUCGAACCUGCGUCGUGCCUGGGCGAAUUUCGGCGAAGAUAAAGUGCAGGCAUGCACGAAACCUGCCGAGUUCAAGGCUUGUUUGUUCGCGCUUUGUUGGUUCCACGCAAUUGUGCUUGGACGACGACGAUUUGGACAACAAGGAUGGAGUCGAGCCUACAGCUUCAACACAGGAGACCUCACGAUUUGUGCCAACAUCCUGCAUUCAUACCUGGACAACAACUCCUCCGUUCCGUGGGAUGACCUCCGCUAUCUGUUCGGUGAGAUCAUGUAUGGUGGACACAUCACGGACGCCUGGGAUCGUCGUACAAACAAUACGUAUCUAGCCGUUCUGAUUGAUCCGGGACUUCUUAACGGCAUGGAACUCGGUCCAGGCUUCAAGUCUCCCAACCCUCAAGAGUUUUCGUUUGCCGACUAUGCGAACUACAUCGAGAAGAAUAUGGUUCCCGAGGCACCACCGCUCUUUGGUCUUCACCCGAACGCUGAAAUUGGCUACCUUACUACGACGUGUGAAACAUUAUGCUACACUAUAGUGACUAUCGGCGGAGGUGCUGGUGGUGGCGGCGGUGGAGAGGAAGGAGGCGGUGAUAAGACGGCAGCAUUGCGUGCAUCUAUCGACGAUUUGGAGUCGCGUUGUCCCGAGUUCUUUAACAUGCUGGACGUAGUUGAAGCCGCCACGCCUCACUUGACUGAAGAGCACGGUCCGUUCGUGGUUGUGGCACUACAAGAGUGCAGCCGCAUGAACGUUCUACUUCAGGAGAUCCGGUUAUCGUUGGGCGAUCUCAAGAAGGGUUUGAAUGGACAACUCAAUAUGUCACAAGCCAUGGAGGACUUGGCCACAGCAAUGUCCCUGAACGAAGUGCCUGGACGCAACCCGUUCUCGCAGUGUAAAUGGGAGAAAAAAGCUUGGCCGUCGACGAAGUCACUGAGUGGCUGGUUCGCUGACAUGGUCAAGCGUUAUGAACAGCUUGUCAUGUGGGCUGGAGACACCACUGGAGGAGGUGGAAACUGCUUUGUCACUCCGUUCUCGAUCUGGUUACCAGGUCUCUUUAAUCCCACAGCCUACACGACGGCAUGUCUGCAGGUUACAUCUCGUAAGCGGUUCAUGCCACUUAACCAGAUGACAGUGGAGACUCACGUGACUACGAUUCAAGACCCUUCUAGUGUGUCAUGUUACCCGGACGACGGCGUGUUCGUGCAUGGAUUGAUACUGGAGGGUGCGCGAUGGAGCACACUGGACGAGAUCAACGAACGCUAUCCAGUAGGUGCGUCGCCGCCUACAGAGUGUGGUGGCACAUUGCUGGAUAGUCACCCCAAGGAGCUGCUCUGGGGUAUGCCUGUCAUCUACGUCAAGGCCGUGACCACGUCCCCAACGUGGGAACCUUCUUCAGUGGGUUAUCUGCGUCAUGACCCCAACAUCUACGAGUGCCCAGUAUACCUCACACGGUUCCGUGGCCACACCUACAUCUUCUUGGCGACGCUGCCUACGGACUGUGGCAGUGCCAAGUGGGUGUUGCGUGGCGUCGCGCUUAUCUUCCAGGACGACAACUAGCUGUCGAUCGCUCUUGAAUGUACGCAACAACCAUUAUCAAAUGACGAAAACAUGCAUGUAACAAAUCAAUACAUGUGAAAAAAAAACUAUGCAGAGACUA